AUGAGAAGGUCAUUUGGUCUUACUGGCUCGUCUGGAUCUGUCAAAGUAGGACUAAUGGGUUCGAGUUCUAAGCGGGAGCGUUGUGAUUCCCAGUCACUACCCGAGAGAAACUCGUUGAACGGUGAUAAUAUCGAGCACGAAGGCGAUAUUCUUACUCCAUUCACCUAUCAAUGUAGGGUUUCAACGUUGCAGUAUUUUAAGAUGUACUUGCUCACUGUAACAAUACUCCCUUUUCGUGCUUUGAUAAUUGGUUUCCUUUUCAUUGCUACACUUCUCGUUGCAAAUAUAUUCUGGAUUGGAUACGGCUCGAAAUCUCAAGUAAAACCUAUCUGCGACUUUAGAAGGAUGCUCCAACCCAUUCUGGUUAACCGAGAAGAUCCCAAUUCCAGGAAGAAAGCAAUUCAAGAGCUUAUUCGUCGUGCAAAAUCAGAAGAGGAUUGGCCUCAGAUUGUUAUUUUCCCGGAAGGCACUUGCACCAAUCGAAGCUGUAUUGCAACGUUCAAACCAGGGGCUUUCAAUGCAGGUGUACCGGUUCAACCAGUAAUCGUUCGCUGGCCAAAUAAAGUGGACAGCGUGACUUGGGUUUGCGAAGGUCCUGGUGUGUUUAAGUUACUAUGGUUGUUGCUGUCACAGUUCAACAAUAGAUUGGAAAUCGAAUUUUUACCAGUUUAUCAACCAAACGAAGAUGAACAAAUGGACGCUCAAUUAUAUGCUAAUAAUAUCCGUCGGAUCAUGGCGGAACAUUUGAAUGUCCCACUCUGCGAUUUAUCUUACGAUGACUUCUGUCAAAUCAGAAUAGCAUUCAAGUAUAAAAUACCAGGAUAUGAAACAGUAGUUUAUUUGAACUCCUUACUCCAAAUGAUGUUUGCGCUUGAACAUAAUUGUGAUUUGAUAACGGAUGAAGAUAAACAAGCGGAAUGGUUUCAAAGACGUCUUGAAAGCAUGCUUGGUGUAUGCCGACGUAAACCGUACUUAUCACGAAUGGAAUUUACUCAAACACUAUUUCAAACAAGUCAACCUAAUUCAAAAGCUAAUUAUCUAAUCAAUUUAGUUGUGAAAUAUUAUAGUGAUCCAUCAUCAAAUAAUCUGAAUUUUCGUAUGUGUAUGGUUCAUACAUCUAUGCUACUAUUUCCAAAGUUGCCUCAUCAAGCAUUUUACUAUGCUACAAAGGCAUAUAAUCUGUGUUCUUCACAAUGUGAUGUAAAUAUGGCGAAAGAUUGGGAAAUUAGUCGUUCUGAUGCAGCGGAGUUAUUGGGUUUUGCGUUCACUUUAGAAAAUGACGAAACAGUUAAGCUUAUACUUGAUCGUGCUUACCUGAUACAUAAAUCUACUCAUUCAGAUAAUUCAUCCAGUGGAAUUAGUGGGGAGUACUUAUAUGAGGGCCUUUUAUAUCACCUGCCGGAUGUAGCUAAUUGUUAUGCUCAUUUUGAUGCAGAAAUCAACAAAGUUUUUGGUCGUCAUCGUCGUUCAUUAAUCGACUCAACUUCUACAUCAGAAAGUGAUCUUAAUGAUUUAAAAUCAACACAUUCUGUCCCUGUAGUUAAUUCUUUGAAUGCUACAAGCUGUCCAAACAUUACAACUAUCUCAAAUAAAAAAACUGAAAUAUUGCCCAGUCAUUUUGAGUGCAUUGAUGUUACAGAAAUCCCACCAAUUGAAACUAAUAAUUAUUCUGAAAAAUUGAAAGAUAAUAUCCACCUAAGCAACAGUCCGCUCAGAGAUGAUCAAAGUAUUAACUUUCGUGGGCGUUAUUCUGAACGUGGUAUAUCGUCAGCAAUGGCAAAAAAUCAACAGUCCAGUAAUAUCGUAUCAAUGGAUAUAGAAGAAAACUCAAAUGAUAACGAUGUUUUUCUAGAGAAAUGUAUUUCAUUUGCUGAAAUCACCUCCACUGACCGAGCACUUGGAAUGAUGUAUCUUCAAAAUUAUAACUGGGAUCUAGAGCUUGCCGUGAAUAAAUACUUCUUAACACAACAGAAUGGUUCCACAAGUAAGAAACAAAAGCGCAAACGAACUUAUCAACAAUCAAAUGAACAACCGACUGUGAUCGAUCUUACUAAUUCUGAUGAUUCGUGUAAUAAUAGUUUGACAGAACUAACAGUAUCAACAACUAGAACUGAAUCAAUUGAAAAUUUGCCAAUAUUCAAUGUUUUGUCGUGGAAUAUUCAAGGUUUGGAGUCAACAAACCUAAACAAACGAAUGAUGUCUGUAGUGGAGACAAUAAAGAAAGAAGAAUUCCAUGUAGUUUGCUUACAAGAAGUUAUACUUGUCUGUUUGGAAAUUCUCCAUGAGAAGCUAGAUUCAACGUAUGAUAUUUUUUCUGCAUCUGAUCAUAACUCUCUAUGGGAUUAUUUUGUUGUCAUUUUAGUUAAAAAGCAUCCAGAUAUAAAGGUUGACGCGGAUUCUGUUAGUAUUCAACCAUUUCCUAAUUCUGUAAUGAAUCGUCAUCUACUAUCUAUUGAUCUGAAUUUAUCACAGUUUCUAUCCAAGUCUAAUGUAGAAUUAAAUCUACGAAUAUUUACUACACACUUGGAAAGUUGUGCAGAAUAUUCUGGUGAACGGGUGACUCAAUUGAAAAGUGUUUGGGAUACAAUGUCCAGUUAUGUCAAGUGUGGCGAUUCUCAAGCUCGUUUAAACAAAAGCCGUGCAAGUAUAUUUUGCGGUGACCUUAAUCUGAGGGAUUCAGAGGUCGGCGUGUUAGGUGGCUUACCUUGUGGGAUACAUGAUGUAUGGUAUGAAUGUGGACGUCGCCAUGAGAUAAGGAAUACUUGGGACCCUAUGCACAACCUAAAUGCUCGACGUCAAUUCAGAGGUAUUCCUCGAGCUCAUAUGACUUUCCGAUAUGAUCGCAUGUAUGCGUUAGGCUCCAGAUUAAAACCCGUUGAUUUUGGCCUUCGUGGAAUCGAAAAGGUUAAGAAUCUUCCGUGUUUACCUUCUGAUCACUGGGCUAUACUUGGUCGAUUCUUAUUAACUGGUUUGUAAUCUUCAAUGUUCUAGUUCUUAUGAACCACUUCUCGCAUUUAAAAACGCAGAGUUCUCUUUUUUUCACUCAACAGUUGUGUAUCAAAACAGAUGCUUAAAUGAAUAUUUUCAAUUUAUUCCUAUUUUAAAGCAUACAGCUACUUGCUAUAUAUCAAA